ACAUAUCGUAUGGCAAAAGAAUUUCAGAAGAACACCCUUAUCAUCGUAACACAUUAUCGAGGAGAAUAUUUGCCGACUAUCUGGUCAAGCCAUAAAAAUGUUUUUAAUUAUGAUCAAUAUCUGUACAUCUCGCAAGGGCAAGCUGUAUUGGACUACAAAUAAAAAUGCAGACUCUGGGCAAGGAAAUUAGAUUUCUUUUGAAAGCAGACGAAAUUCCAAUUUAGGAUUAUCAAAAAUCGUCUGGGUCACGUACCACCUUACCAUGGUGAGGGGGAUUUGAACUUUUGCCCCGUCCUCCGAGUCUCAGGUGUUGGAGUUAUCGCUACACGACAACCUCUUGAACCAGUACGAUUAGGAAAUCAGAGAAGAAAAGAAACAAGACUGAGGCUAAACUGUCAUAUAUAGUGUCCUGUUUUGAAAACUUUGUAAGGGUAACCAAAUCAAAAUGAGUGAAGAUAUUGAGAAAAAGUUAUUAAAGGCCCAAAUUAGCCAGAUGGAGGAUAUUUGGCAGGGGGAGUUUACCCGGAGACAGAAUCGAGAGGACCUUUUAGAAUCAGAAUUGUUGAUUGUCAAAGAAUGCCUUUUGAAUGCUGAGAAGAGACAGAAGAAGGAAGUUGAUCUUCUCCGUCAACGUGUCAAGACUGCAGAUAGUUUGCUAUCAUAUUUGAAGUCCAAAGCAAGGAUUAUGUCUAUGCCACGUUUUGGAUACAUUUCUUGUGGUAUUAAAUGUCAAGAAGGUGUGGGAUUUGUUGAUAAAAAGGGUGUCCCCAUGUCUGAGUGGUGUAAGGAUGUUAAUCUUUCUCUGUUUGAAAGCUCCAAGGCCAAAGAAACUGAGGAGAACUCCGUUUCAAAGGCUAAAGAGGAGUUGGUAGGAUCUAAAGAACAAAGUGAUGAAGAGUACACGGAACGAAUAGCGACAACUGUGAUGCUAGUGACUGACGUGAUGGAGGUGCUUCUCAAAAGAACUAUUAUAGCUGAGACAGAGAUUGUUUUGGAGAAGAAAAAAGCUAGUGCUAGUCAGGAUCAAGUGAAAAAAAAGGCACUACAGAUAGAGAGCAUGUGGGCUCGAGUAGAAGAAAUGGAGAAGGUUGCCAAGGGUACUAGUGGUGUCCUCAAGGAAAUGCAGCAGAAGCUUGAAGAUAUGGAACAGGAGACUUCAAGACAAAGACAGCGUGCAACAGAAAAUGAGCAGGAGCUCUGCAGGGUGAGGCACGAUUUUGAGGUUCUAAGGUCUAGUAUUGAUAAUUUAGUUGGUGCAAGGGAAUCCCUCUUGUCCUCUGAGAAGCGAAUCCAAGAGAUGGAGAAAGCUUUGGAAGGGGCUCAUGCUAAAGUUGCAAAUCUGGAGAGCGUAAACAAACAAAAGGGAACAGAAGUUUGUGAUCUGUUGAAAACAAAUGAUAGACUAAGAGCUUCUCUGGAUUUGAAGGAGUCAGAGUUGACAGCCAUGAGAGAACAGUGCAAGAUCCUUACAAUAAAAUCUCGAACAUGAGAGAUAACAUAUUCACUUGGCAAUGACAAUUCUGAUGAAUUGCCAGUGAGAUCAUGUGAGAAUAAAUAAUGGUCUGGUUUUAGAUUGUCCUCAAAAUUGUCUAAUUAGCUCUUUCAGUGAAGAAGAUAUGAGUCUCCAAAUCUAAGCCCAAGACACACCAAUGUAUUUGAAAAUUGACUGCCUCAAGUUCUGAUUUUCGGAUAACAUUUUUUCCAAGUGAAAUUGGAGCCAUGUUAGCUGUCAGUUAAGCUAGUUAUUGCCCAUAAACAUAUUUUAAGACAUCUUUAGAGAGUCUUUUAUGUGGAAAUACUGCUGAACAGAGAAAUUCUUUUGAUUCAUUAAUGAUGUUGUGACAUGUCUUUCAGAUUGAUAUUUUCUGCAGGCAAUUAGUGUUUAGAAUAUGAUGGUGUAAUAAAGAAAAUUCACUUAACAAGUAUUUAGUUGUGAAUCAUGAUUGAAUUC